GACCAGGCCUGGGCUUCAGUUCACCGGGCUUGGGUAGGACCGGGAUCACAUUUUCAGUUCUAAUGAGAACUCUAAACUGCAGUCGGGUCUUGUGUGCAGUCCGGCAGUGUCAAUUAUGCACGUACUUUCAAUGUAUGGCGACUUUGUGUGAAGUAAAUAUGCUAGGCUACCUGUUCGGAUAAUGUGCUAUUUGUGGGAAUGCUUUAGUGCAACCCAUUGGGUGAAAAUGUAAUUUCCCUUGUCAUUUAAUUUGUGAAGAGUGGUCCUGGGCCCCUAGCCUGGAGCCCACCUACCAUUCAAAAGUGUUUACACUUUCAAAGGCUGCCAACACAUUAAUUCCUCUGGAUAAACAGCCAGGAUGCUGCUUCUGCCAGAGCACAGAAGACAUGCCAAUCACACUCUUUUAAUAUGUUGAUGCCAGCAGCACACAGUGGAAAAUUAAUGAUUUUGCAGAUUAUGGUCCAUUUACAGGGAUUAACAGCAAUGAGGGUAGCAUGGUUAUUGGUUACACUAGCUCUCAUCUGAGUGAGAGUGAUAUACUCAGCAGAGCUGAAGUUGCAAGCUGGGGUACAGUACAGCCCACAGAGUGAGGUUUUGUUGGGUGCCGAUUUGGGGGUUUGGGUAAGACGAGAGCUGUGUGCUGCACAGUGAUUUGGGUGGCACCUCUGCUGUGCCCUUGGCCUGUUCUGACCUGUCCCAAGAGCUAUGAUGUUGGAGAGACAUGUGCAGCCAAACCUUAACGUGACAACUUUGCUCGAUCUACCCUUUGUAAUGACAGAGAGAGAAAGAGAGGGAGAGAAAGAGAGAUGGUGGGAGCAGAAUGAUAUAGUUGAUUCAGGAAGUUCGUGUUUGGGGAGAUCCUGUAAUUACACAUAAAAGUGUUAGUUGGACGUCUUGGACUCACAACGAAACGUGUAUUGUCUGGAUGGCAUUAUGACUAGAUGUCAUGUUGACUGGAUGACAUCCGUGCGUGCCUAUGGGCUAAGACAGCAGCACUGUAUAGACUUGGCAAAGGAUUUAGAAUUUGCUAAUUGGUUCCAGAAGCGGUAGUUACAGUGUAUGGGUUUGUGCCUAUGACUUUAUUGGUCUCUAGGCAGAUGGUGGGACAGGACAGCAAAGUCCCUAUGGAGAGGCCUUCUCAUAAGGUCUUUCUCAGUCAGAAUGCUGGGUGUAACAGGUGAACCAAGUCUGGAGCAUAGGAAAGAUCUAACACUGACACCUACUAGAGGGUAUUUCACUCUCUGAUGACAUGGUCUAACCAGUUUGUCAUACUGUGCUAUACUGUACCGUAUGUGAGACAUACUCUGAUGAGAUACAUACAGUGCCAUGAGGUUGACAACACUGACUACAAGGCUUCAUCCAUUUACAGUCAAAUGAAAUAAAAUGAACCUUAACAUGUAUGUGACCUCUCUGGGACAGGGUUUGUUGUGUAGUGCAGACAGACAGACAGAGACAGACAGACAGACAGUAGCCUCUCUCCUGUCCUGGACAGCCAUGUGUGCUGUUGGCUGGGCUGGUGUGUGUGUCUGGACUGUAGGCGCUCUGUGGGGUUGAUUUAGUGGAGGGAGCAGAGCGGUUCUAAUGGCUUGAGCAGUUGGAGCAGUGACAUUGCCCAGGUCCAGGAGACACAGAGGUGGAGGAAUGCUCUCAACUAGCCCUCUCAGCUACACAACAGGCAGACAGGAUGGCUGGCUUUGGAAGUUCUUUCAGAAGCAUACAACUGGGCUGCUAAUAGUGGGAUCUCGCAGGACAGUCUACUCUUGCCUGUAGAAUGGAUUCUGCCAGCCCACUUCCCUCAUCUGCCAGCUCACUUCCCCUCACCACCACUGCCGUACCUUCUCCUGAACUCAACGGGGACGGACCCGAGGGCACGCAUGUACCCUGUGUUCUUUGGGGAGAGCAUCGAGGUCAUCCCAAAACCUGAAACAGAGAUCAAGUGUAACUCUGAGGUGAAGUAUGACUCAGACAAGCACUACCGGGACCAGGUGUACUGCGCUCCCGUUCCAACAGUGACGUCCUACAGCGAGACGGUCGUUGCCGUGCAGAACUGCACCUGGAGGAGUUACAAGUCCCAGGUGUACCUAGAGCCGCGCCAGAGGCCCCUGCACUACCAGAGCACCACCAUAGUGUACCCCAAACACGCCAAGAACACUUACCGCACCACGCUCAAUUACAACGCUACGGGCUCCCGCCGCUGGUUUGUCUCCACUGUCCAGCUGGAGUCCAGUGAGGAUAGCAGCCCCUGCAUCAUCUACACAGAGGACCUCUAAACCUGAUCCCAGACCUGCCUGGCGAAUCCUACUGUUAUGGACACACACACACACAGAGGCGGACAGACGGGUGGACACACAGGAAGACUGACAGACUGACACACAGAGCGUGGUCAUAUUGCAUAAUGUAGGAGGGGUACUGUAGGGGAAGUACAGCAAAUCUCAUAGGCCUUUAAAGAGCAGUACUUCAUGGUUCAUUAUUUGUCUUAUUGAGUUGAGCGCUGCCAGUCUGUAGCCUCCUCUCAUCUCCAGGAACACCUCUGAUAGCUGAGCAUGACUAAUUAAGGGUUGAUGGUAGCAUGUUACACAUCUUGUUGGACUGUCAAUAUGCAUUAUAGAAAUGACAUAUUCAUGAAUGCUCAAAAGGGAAAAUUUAAGAAUACACAGACACACUCAUGAAAAGCGGCCUUUGUGUAAAUGAUGUGGGUAUUCUGAAAAGAGGGGGAAACAGAAAUGCAAUACUUAGUAUUUGAAAGAAUGGACCAAAGAUUUUGUAACAAAGGAGGUUUCACCCUAGUAGUGAGUCAUGUCUUUGUCACAACCUCAUCAAACUGUCAGAAAGGACUCCUGCAUUAGAUCUAAAUCACAUCUUUCUCAUUGCACCACAUCUUGAGGGUGUCAUGAGUACAUUAUUGUAGUCUCCAGUGAUGUCAAACUCCUCUCUGCAGCUCUGCUGUCUUGCUUUGACACCAAACCACAUCUUCACGAUAUAAACUCUAGAAUCUGCCUUUUUUGUCUGAUAGACAAAGGUCUUUUAAAGGAAAAUAUCACAUUCUCCACACCAUUUUCUACAACAAAUCGAGUCUUAGCAGGCACCUUGAACAGCAGGCAGACAGACAGUCAAGGUUUCUGUUAUAGAAUGCCUCUGGUGAAGGAGAUGCUUUUUGUCGCUGCCAUAACUACAAGCCAACCUGCCAGUUGCAAAUGCCAACCUUGGAUCCAGAGAGGAGGAGGGAGAGCAGAGCUAGCCAGUUAAUACUGUCACUAGCUGGGCAAAGCUGAGGAACAUUUCUGUCUGUUUUUAGACAUAGCCAGCUCUAGCCUCUGAUGUUCUGGUUGUUUGGCAGACUGGUAAAUACAACCAUAAAAAUCCCAACAUAUACUCUCUCCAGCACACUGUUGUAAUAUACAGGAUAGUGAAAUGGGUGGCUUGGAUUUAUAUACUGCUGUCAGGUGUUGUUAUAGGAAAAUAAUACAGAUGUAAUAUACAUUAUAUACAUAUGGAUAUGGAUUGUGGAACCUGGUAAAUAUUGAACUGUGUAUUAUGAAUUCAGAUAACUUACCUCAGUGUUUUUUUAGAUCUCUACUCUAUUUCAUUGAAUAUGUGUAUUCCCUACUUUUAAUUGACAUAUUGAGCUAUUUUUGUAAUGAAAACUGCAGUUAAUGUAGGUGUUGAAAAUGUACAAAGAAAGGUGUGUUUU